AUGUCCAAAACAGUCCAUAUCGAGUCUACCUCACAAUUUUCUGCUUUGCUAUCUUCUUCUGCUAUUGUCGUCGCCGAUUUCUACGCCGACUGGUGUGGGCCGUGUCGCCAGAUCGCCCCCAUCUACGAACAACUGUCUGCGCAAUUGUCCCGCCCGAAUAAAAUCACUUUCGCAAAGAUCAAUACAGAUCAACAGCAAGAUCUUGCCAGGUCAUACGGAGUCAAGGCGAUGCCCACGUUUAUGAUUUUCAAGAAUGCUCAACAGGUGGAAUUCAUCGAAGGGGCAGACCCGAGAAAACUGUCAAAUGUGGUCAAACAGUUGGCAAACGAGGCGAACAAGAUGGAAGCGGGUGAAGUUGGUGGAGUUCCUUCUAGUGGGACAUGGCUUGGUGCAGAGCUUCCACGCGGAUAUAGCAAUGUUACGUCUCAGGUCGACGUCCUGGGUAUGGAGCUGUUGAAUUGGGAUUCUUCGCACGGCAGUGCCAGAACCUUGAUCAGUGGUGACAAGCCCAAAGGUCAAGCGGAUGCCCAAGCUGAUUGGGUCGAAAGCGAUACGGAUGAACAACUCAUGUUCUAUAUUCCUUUCCAGUCCAUCCUGAAAAUCCACUCGGUACAGCUUACCUCCUUGCCGGACACCACGGACGAUGACGAAUCCCCCAGUCGACCUAAGUUGAUCAAAUUCUACACGAAUCGGCCUCGCAUUCUAGGUUUUGACGAGGCCGAGGAUACACAAGCAACGCAAGAGGUGACAUUGUCAGAGAAAGAUUGGGACCCAAAAACUGGAACGGCCAAGAUCGAUCUACGCAUUGUCAAAUUCCAGAACGUGACUAGCUUGGUGUUGUUUGUUGUAGAGAGCGAGGGAGAUAAUGAGAAGGUCAGAAUUGAUCGGGUGCGAAUCAUAGGAGAGACGGGCGAAAAGAGGGAUGCCACGAUUGAGAAGAUUGAAUCUGAUGACUAA